ACAUUAGUCUCGCAUCCCUGGUCGGUGUGCGAGCGAGAUGCAUUAACCGAGAGCAUUUAAAACACUGAAAUUUGUACCACAAAAAUUGCCACGAAGAACAGAACUCUUUUUAGUGCCGCAUCAAAAUUAAACGAUUGAAGCUGUAUUGUCAGCAAAUUAAGUCACUAACAUAUUUGUUGCUUAAAGCGAUAAAACAAUGGGAUCAAGUCACAGCGUUCACGUACCCGGCGGCGGCACUGAAGGCUACCACGUACUCAAGGUGCAAGACAACUCGCCCGGCCAAAAGGCUGGCUUGGAAGCAUUCUUUGACUUUAUAGUAGCCAUAGCAGGCACACGUCUAGAUCAGGACAAUGAUAUGCUAAAGGAGCUGCUACGUCAGAAUGUCGAUAAACCUGUUCGCAUCACCGUCUAUUCGAGCAAAACACAAACCGUGCGCGAGCUGACAUUGACACCCAACAACAGCUGGGGCGGCCAAGGACUGUUGGGUGUUAGCAUACGCUUCUGCUCCUUCGAGGGUGCCAAUGAGAGUGUGUGGCACAUUCUGGAGGUGCAUCCCAAUUCACCGGCCGAGCUGGCGGGUUUGCGAGCCUACAGCGAUUAUGUAAUCGGGGCUGAUGCCAUUCGCCAUGAGAACGAUGAUCUAUUCACUCUGAUCGAGACGCAUGAGCAGCAGCCGCUCAAGAUGUACGUCUACAAUCUAGACGAUGAUGCUUGCAGAGAGGUUACCAUUAAGCCGAACACUGCUUGGGGCGGCGAGGGAGCUCUGGGCUGUGGCAUUGGGUAUGGCUAUCUGCAUCGUAUACCAGUGCAGCCUGCACCUACACCGACUCCUUCCACGGGACCUGUUGCAGCGACACCCAGUGGCCAACCUAAUCCUGUUGCGCCGCCUGUUGUAGCUACCAGUGGUGUUGUUGCACCAACGUUGCCUUAUAUACCGCCACUGGCAAACACAUUUGGCUCAACCAACUCUGAGAUACGGCCACCAACAAUUGAACCCCCGGCACAGAGCGUAUUCAAGACCUAUUUCAACCCGGAUGAUGGAACGGAUGCAUUGAGCGCGGCACUUGAGAAUCAAGCUAAGAUUGCUGAACCCCAGGUGGCCAAUCCAGCUAGCAACAUAGCACCGCCAGCAGUUCCAGCUCCAGUUGCUGUUGCUGAAGUCCCUGCAGCGCCACAGCAACCACAACCCCAACCACAACCACAACCACUUGCACCGCCAGCGAACAUCUACAUACCCGGUGUUUUCGAUCCCAAUAACCCACAACAAAGUACGAAUGUUAGCGUUGGCGGUAUCCCAGCCGCUCAAUUGCCAUUCCCACAAGCAACUGCAGCAACACUACCACCACCAGCCGUGCCCAUGUUCUCAAUGGCAGGAUUGCCGCAGCAACAUCAACAGCAGAUCUAUAUGACUGCACCGGCAGCUCUAUCGUAUCCAGCUGCUGGGGCUGCUGCCCAAACUGUGCCCACGUAUCCUCAGGUGCAGCCGUCAAUGGGCGGUCUGUUUCCUACUCAGCCAACACCGCUGCCGCCGCAGAUGGCGCAUGCAUUUGCGCCGCAGCCGCAGCCACCGCCGCAGCAGCUGCAGCCUCCGCAACCACCAGCAGCCAGCACUGAACAAACGCAACUAGGACCACCACAAGCAGCAGUUGCGCCACCACCUGCGAUGUCAAGUGCUUAGGCUCCACUCAUGAGACAACUACGUUAACCAAUUUUAACUUCUGUACGUUGUUAGCGACUUUACAUAAAUUGUCGUUAAGUUUAAUAAUGUGAUUUGUUUUUAUGAUUCUUAUUGCGAUGAACCGAAAUCACAAGUGACAACUGUCAAACAUUUCAGUGCAAAAUGCAUAAAUA